AUGAUUCACAAAUCACAGCAGUCCAAAAUGCGCGAGCAAUACUUCAAAUCGGGAUCAGUGCAAGAAGUGCUAAACUAUUUCGGAACAUUACAAAACCCGUUGCACAACAAACCAAAGUACUGUACCACCUUCAAUUGUAUCGUGUUAACCCUUCUCAAAAACGUGGACAUUAAAUUAAACCAGAUGGAACAACUAGCGAAACUUCCGUCUGAUAUCCACCGAAAAGUUGAAACUCUCAAAAAGCUACAGCUAGAGCAGAUGGAGAAAGAGGCCGCCUUCCAUCGGCAGGUUCACUCAAUGGAAAUGGAGUAUCAGCUAGAUUUGAAGCAAAUUUACAGUCAACGACGGGCGAUCGUUAAGGGGGUCGUUGACGAUGCCUUGAAACCGGAAGCUGAACCAACAUGUACGCACAAAGGUAUACCGGAAUUUUGGUUGCGCGUUUUCAAAUCGGUUCCUGUCUUGAGCAGUAUGAUUUUGGAAAAGGACGAGGCGGUUUUGAAGCAUCUCGUCGAUGUACGUGUCGAAGUUCGGGAUAAGCCGGUGCCGAGCUUUGUGUUGCAUUUUGAGUUCGAACCGAAUGACUUUUUCGAAAACGAAAUAUUAACGAAAGAGUACUUGUUGGAGUGCGAUCCGGGCUUGGAGAAUAUGGCCGAUUUCAGUGGAUUUCAAAUUUUCGAUACUAACGGAUGCGAGAUCCUUUGGAAGGAAGGCGUUAAUGUGAUAGCUACGGAAAAUGUCGAUGCAGAUGGAGUCAACGGCUCGUUUUUCGAUUUCUUCAAUCCCAAAGCGCUGAAGGAAAGCUUCGAUUCGAUUGUCUACAAGGAUUUCUUGGAGUUCGAUUUCGAAAUCGGAUACCUGAUCAAAGAGCGCAUCAUUCCAAAAGCUGUCCUCUAUUUCAAUGGCGAAUAUAUGGACCUUAAUUCGGAGUUUUUGAGAGCCAUUGCCGGAGACCGCAUUUCUGAAGAUGCAAUUCAGUAGUUGUCAAAAAAUAUUUGCCAUUCAACAUUGUUCACGGUAAAAUAAAUAUAUGAUCAGUAAAUUC